AUGGGGAAGGGCGAACUCGACGACGAGCCGCCUGGCCUGCAUGCGGCAGCCCACCUCGAUUUCCAGCCGAGGCUAGGGUCUGCGGACGACCCUCGGCAAGACGCGGAGGCUGGCGAGGACGCCAAGCGAAAGCAGGACGACUUCUCCGCUUCAUCUCAACCGCAGCCCUCGCAGACACCCAUCCGCCCUUUCUCGAGCCCCGUUUCGCCAGAUUAUCUCAGCUCUUGCGCUGCCAUGCGCAUGCAGGAGCAUGCGGACGCACAGACAGGGCUGGAGUCGACUUCCGAUACGCCGACUUGUCUUGAGUGCACCGGCGGCAGCCCGGGGUCGCAGGGCGCCGUCGCGUCGAACGGCGUAUCUCCCGGGCCGCCCGCGUGUCACUAUCCUCCUACGCAGUCAGCUGCACUGCAUGAGCGGAGACUGCAGCUGCAUGCCCGCCACCAGAGGCAGCACGCGCGCGUGGCGGCGGCCUGCAGCGCUGUGGAAGGCGAGCUGCUGACGCUGUGCGGCGAAACGAAGAAGAAAGCCCCUCACGUCAAGGAAGCAACGGAGAGGGCGCUUCUCCACAUCCAAGACUACCGAGACAAGGCCGAGGCCUCGGUGGAGACGCUCGCGCGCGCCGUCUCGUCGGCGACGUCCUUCGAAGAGGAGGCGGCCGCCGCGGAGGCGGCAGAGGCUGUCUUUCGCGCGUUUCCCGUCAAGGAGGUGCUUCGAGCGGCUCUGCAUGCGGUUCGCACGAACAGCUCCAAGAUCUCGCUGCUGGCGCUCUCGCUGCUUCAGCGUCUUCUCACCUCGCACCAACACCAGCUGCUGCUCGUCCCCUGCGCCCCUGAAGACUCGCUUCUCCUUCUGCCGCCGCAGCCCUCUGCGGCGCAACUCGCCCCUGGAGAGGGCGACGCCGACGCCGCGGCGGCGGAGCGCCCGUGGGGCGCGGGAGGAGACGAGGCGGGCGCGUGUUCCCCGCUGGAGUCCCCGUUCGCUUCCGCGGGCCCUUUGGAGGCGUCCGCAGACGUCUCGGGGCGGCAUCGUGCGGAGGCGUUGGCGGCGUUGGCGGCGACGGCUGCAUGCGACGUGCUGCUUCUCCUCGGCGUCCUGGAGGAGUUGUUGAUUGCGCACCCGGGGGCAGAUGAGCACUUUGUUCAGCUCAAGGUGCUGCAGACGGCGCUUCUUCUUUUGGCCCCAGACUCGGCCGUCGUCGCGGACGCCUCUGUCGCCCACCGCCUCCUGCGGCUCUUCCUUACCCUGUACUGCCGCACGCGUCCCGGGAGCGCAGCGUCUCUCGACGGCGUGGCUUUGUCGCCAGGCGUGAGUGGGGCCUCUGGUGCGGUCGCGAGCCCAGCGGCGGGCGGCCACAGCACUGCAGUCUUCCAUACGGCGUGCGCCGCCAUGUCACAGCUCGCCGCGUGUCUGGUCGACGCCGCCCGGCGCGCGCUGGACACGGAGACGCGGCGUAGACCCGCCGACCGGGGGCGACAGACGGCGCGCGAGCGCCGCGGAGGAGGGACAGCCGCGGACGAGCUGGCGGCCCGCAGGAGCAUGGGCGCUGAGGCGCUCAUUUUUGCGGCGUCUGAGGCCCUUCGGACUGCGCCGAGGGUCACCUCAGUCGAGGAGCUCCUCGCUGUCUCCUCUGCGCACCGCGGCGCGCCCGGGACGCCGCUCCAGCUCGUCGCCAGUGGCGCGCCGGCGGAGGCGCGAGAGCGCCAGCGGACAGCUGAGGAGGGCGAGGGCGGCGCGAGCUCCACGCGAGCGGAAGAUGACGCGACAAACCGGCAGGGGGAGGGAAGUGGCGGCGUCGAAACACGCGCCGAAUGCCCCGAAGACGCGACGCCUGCAGCCCCUGGGGGACCGACGGGGUGCACGCCCGCGGCGGUCGCGACUCUCGAGCAGUUGCUGACGCAGCUCUGCGCGAACUGUCGCGGAAGCGCCAGCUGCGGUGCGCCGUUCGCUGCAAGCCGCAGCUCGUCGCUGCUUAUCAGGAGCGGCGCCGAAAAUCCCCACGGCGAGGCAGCGGCUGACGCGCGGGACGCGGCGGAGAGCGUUGAGGGUCACGAGGACCCCCCGCUUCCCGGGGGCGAGCUGCCCGUCACGGGUCACAAGUCGAGCCCGAGUGUGCAGCGGGUUAGUUCCACAUGGUCGACGUUCUCCAGGCCCUCGUUUUCGGCGUUCUUCUCCUCUGCGUCAUUCUCAGGGCAAGCGCUGACGCGCGGCGUGGGCGAGGGCGUGAGCCGCGACGGCCGUGAGGGGCCCCGUGGGCGGCCGUCGUCGCAGCGGGGCGGCGCGGCCGACCUCCUGGUGCAGCUGCCGCGCGGCGUAGCUGUGCAGCUACUCGAGAACUGCCUGCACCGCGGGAGGCUGCUGUUUGUGCAGCACUGCGGCUUGAUGCGAGUUUUGAAGCAGGAGAUCUGCCCGGCCCUCCUAGACCUCUUGCUUCACCACGCCUACGAGUUCCCGAUCGUCGUGCGGGCGUUGCGCCUGCUGGUGUUUCUCGCGCAGCAGUACGCGCCGUUUCUUCUCAACGAGCUGUGUGUGCUGCUCCCCGCGAUGCUGCGCAGGGUCGAGGCUGACGCGCCCCUCUGGCAGCGCGUCGUCGUGUUGGAAACCCUUCAAGAGCUAUGCAGUCAGCCCGCCCUCCUGCUGCUGCUGCACAGCGGAGGAAGCCCCCUUCUGCAGCUCUCCAGGCGCCGCCGCGCUGCGUCCUCAGCCGCCGCGGCUCCCGCGCCAACGCACCUCCAAGGGGACUUCGAGCGCGACGACGAGGACAAAGAGGGGAGUGAGAAGAGGGCGGAACGCGCGCCCGGCGACAAUGCCGAGGGAGAGGGCAGCAGCAUUGUGACUGCGCUCGUUGAAGCCCUGGGGAAGACCGUUCACCAGCUCUGUUUUGUCGGCUCCUUUGACUCCCAAGCUCGUCUCCUCUCGACCCUUGAAUCGGUUCGUCCCCCCGCGCUCUCGCCGCUCAUUCUGCCGGUCCUGCUGCCUGCGGACGCAGUUCUUCUUCUUCUAUCGGCGCUGCCGCGUGCCGACGAGCUUGGCGCGUCGCCGCCGCCCCCUGCGCCCGGCUUGCCUGACGCUUCGUCCUCGCUGUCUCCUUCCCUCGCGUCGCGCGAGGGGGCCUUCUUCCUCGCCUCAACAAGCUGCUUCAAUUUGAGUCUCGGCCGCUUCGACGUCGCGCCGUCGCCGCUGGCUGGCGCCGCGUGCGCAGCAGCGGUCGGCGCGUGGGCGGCGCUCUGCGGGGCGGCGGAGAAGGGCGAGCGCCGCGCGGAGACCUCGGCAGCCGAUCUCCCGCGCGGCGAGGCCCUGCCCCUGCCUGCGGCGUCCGCGGCCGCGCAGAAGAGCCGAUACGUGCGCCUUCUGGAUCGCGCCACCGAUCUCGCGACUCCCAGCGACUUGCAAGCGCCCAACAAGGCGCAGAAUGGCACUGCGGCGCCGACUCACCAACUGCAUCCCUCCGUCGCAGUCGGGCUCGCGCUCGACGGCCUCCUCAAAGUCGUGGAGUCCCUUUACCUCCUUUCCUUCGCGACAGACGCCGAGGAGCUCCUCGGCCGGCGCGGGCCGCGCGGCGACACCCGAGAGAGCGCGAAGGAAGCGCAGGGACGGAGAGCGGGCGCGGAGGAGGGAGAAGAAGAGCCGAUCUUCGCGAUGGACAUCCGCGCGGCCGACUCUCUGCUGCUUCCGCAGCAACAGUAUCUCCCUCUCCCCCUGACCGGACCCCAGGCGGCGUGUCGCACAAUUCUCGGCGCGGCUUGGGGCCCCAUUCUGUCGGCUUUGACGCUGAUUUUUUCAGCGAUCGCGACGUCGCCUGCCUCGAGCUGCGCGGACGCGGCGUCGAGGCCCUCGCCAGCGGGGCCUGAGCCGCUUGCCACGUCGCUGCAUCUGCUGCCGCUGAUGCAGUGUGUACAGAACCUCGUGGGUCUCAGCUGCGCGUUUCGACUCGAUCCCGCGCGCGCGGCGCUGCUUUUCUGUCUCAGCCGCUUCGCCCUUCCCUUCUCGCCCGAGGGGCGCGCCUCGUCGCCUCCUUCCUCCUCCGCGUCCUCUGGGCCUCCAGCUAGCGGCGACAGCGGGGCGGCUGGCCCGUACGCCCCGCCGCUCGGGCCCGCGGCGUCCGCGGGCGCGCCGGUUCCGCCGACCAGCGCGCCGUCUCCCUCUCCUGCUCUGCCGCGCGCCGCGCCGCCGCCUCUGCUUCCCUUCUGGCCGGUGUCUCCGGGACUGCGUCUCGGGGCGGGCUGCUCUGGGCCGCCCCGGGCUCUCCACCCUGCGCCCGCGUCCUCCUCGCCUCCGUCCGCGGCGGGGUCGGCCCCGGACGACGACGAGGGGCUCCGCCGUCUGCCCUCGGCGUUAGGGGCCUCGUCGGCGGCUGCAGCGGCGGCGGCGCGCUCCCCCCGCGAGGACGACGGCGCGCUGGUCGGCGCCUCCGCGUCACUCUCGCUCAGCUGCUUCACGUGUCUGCUGUCGAUCUGCGGCUUCUUCGGGAACCUCUUGGGGCCUCGCGGCUGGGGCGGGGCCCUGCGCGCCCUCCAGGAGCUCCACGCCUUCCUGCAGGCCCGCGGGCUCCUCGGGCCGCCGCUCGCCCUCGCCGACUUCGCCGCCGCUGUCGCCGCGCCCGACGCGGAAACCGACGCAGCGGAGGGUCGGAAGGACGCGGAAGAGACAGACGCUUCACGGCCUACGGAGGAGGGCGAGGCCGCUGCCGAGGCUGAGCGAGGCAUCGGCGGCAAGCAGCGAGCGAGGUACCCGUGCACACCGCCCGCGGAAGUCGUCACGCUUCUUGAGAUGCUGCAGCAGCUGCGCAGUUGGCGUCGGGAGGGCGCGAGCGCCGAGGCGAGCGGCGCGGAGGCGCGCGCGGCAACUGGCGACUAUCCUUUUAUGAGGGCGCUCUUUGCGCACCUGCAAAGGAGACGCACAUGCGACGGCGCCAGCGAGGCUUCUUCGAUUCCUCCGCCAGCAGGGCGACGCGGCGUGACAGUCUCCCGCAGUCUGCAGGCCCUCGCGCUCUGCCUCAAAGUGAGGUCGACCGCGGUCGCGGCGGCGGCCACGGAGCGCGGCACCGAGGAGCACUGCAAGGCCUUCUUUUCUCAAGGCGCCUCGGCGUUCGGCGCCCCCGCCGCGGGCGACGCCCUCGUGCCUGCGACCCUAGAGGCCCUUCGCCCCCUGGAGGACGGCCCCGGCCUCCCCUACGCCUCCAAGGGCGGGGAGACGCCGCCGCGCGGCGCGUCUCUCUCGUCGGGACUGUGGCUGGCCGCCGCGCCGCCGGCGGAGUUGAGCCUGCAGCAGCUUCAGCAGGACGUUCUGUUGCGGUUGGCGGCGUCUCUGGGACUGCUGUUUGACUUUUUUCCCCUCUCGCUGUCUGACGAAGGCCUCGACGCGCUCGCCUCCGCGCUAGGAAGCGCCGCGCUUCAGAACCUCGAUCUCGUGGCACAACCCACGGCCUCCACGCCUCAAUUCGACGCCUCGCAAGUCUCUCAGCCCGCAAGCGCCUCGCGGGCCUUCGCGCUCCCCUCCGCCGCCGGCGGGGCGUCACCAAACCCCUUCGCGGACGCAGAAGUCCCUCUGGCUUCCUCCUCUUCCUCUGCAUCGUAUCUGCCCUUCUGCUCCUUUUCAGCGAGUUACUUGGAGGCGUGCUGGGCGGCGGCGGAGGCCAAAAGCGAGGACGAGGAGAUCGCGGUCUUCCCGGUCGCGAAGCUAGUUGAGAUGUGCUUCUUCAACAUCAAUCGCCCCUGCUUCCCGCGCCUCUGUCGGGGCCUCGUCUCUUCGCUCGUCUGCCUCGCCACGGCGAGCCGAGCCAAGCCCGAAACGCGCGUCGAGGCCGUCUCCGCGCUGUGUGUCUCCCUCGAGCUGCUUCUGCCCGCCUUGCGGCGCAGACGCAUCGCGCGAAUGCGGAAGGCUGAGGCCCUUUUCCCCUCCGCCGCGAGCACUUCACUAGCCGACGAAACUACCGCACGGGAGGGCGGCGGAGACAACUCGCGCGAAACGCUCCCCAAGCCAAGCCGCGGCGGCCUCCCGCACCCAGAGUACGUACACCCAGACGGCGCGGGGCAGGGCGGGGGCGGGGUGCGGAGAGGCGACGCUGCGCUGCCGAGAGACGAAGAGCGCGUGUUUGAAGCUCGGCUGAGGUUGAGGAUACGCGCGUACGUCGCGGCGUGGUGUUCGAGAGGGGGAGUUGGCGGCGGCGAGCUUGAGGACGCGUGCGUCGCGCGAGCGGUGGAGGAAGAAGACGCAGCCGCGCAGGUGGCGCUGCUGUCGCCCCUGUGCGCGCUGCUGACUUCGCCCUUCCCCGGCCCGCGGCUCCGCGCGUCACUGGCGCUCUACCGGCUGCUGACCCGCCGCGGAGACCUCUUUCUCGCGCCGGUGUGGGAGCUCAUUCUGGACGCAGUAGGCCAAGCCACGGAACUCCAACUCGGCGGCGCCUACCAGCGCUUUCGAGCCCGUCUCGCGGCGCUGGCGCGCGAGGAGGAAACGCGAGACGCGGAGGCGAACGACGCAGGCGAAGUGGAAGAGGAGCGCGGAGACUCCGGCCGGCAGAGCGAAGGCCAAAGGAGAGAGAUCUGCGGAGAACGAGACGCGAGACGAGGCGACCAAGAGGGACAAGAAGCGGAGAACGGCGGCGCAGUGGAUGAACACGGACUCGGACUGGAAAGGGAAAUGAAAGCUCUGUUCACACUGCUCGAGCUGCUCGUUCAGGACUUUGCAGAAGACGUCCCCUUGAGUCCUGGCUGGCGCACGCUUGCGGUCUCUAUUGCGGCGUUUGCGAGUUGCUCGCGGCUGGGCAGCUCGCUGGCUUUCCGCGCUGUCGGCUUCCUCUGGACUCUCGCGGACGCGCUGGGUCGGCGCCAGCGGAAGGCCGAGGAGGCUGCAGAGGCCCCCGCGCAGCGCAUCGCCAGCCGCGAGGCGCCGGAGGCGGAGGCGGGGCGAGAGGCGAGGAAGGCUGGGCUGUCGUUCAGGUCGGCGUGGCCUUCGCCGCGCGUGCCAUCCUCCGGCGGCGUGUCGAUAAAGAGUCUCUGGAAGGACUUGUUCCUUCUCCUGCGCCUUCUGGCCGUCGACGCGCGCCCCGAAGUGAGGAACUGCGCGCUGAGGAGCCUGACCAGCGCAGUGCGCACCCACGGCCUCUCGCCUGCAGGACCUGCCCCCCCGAGCCCAGACGCUGCGGCGCGGUCUCCGACCGCGGAAGCGCAGGCGACCAGCGGCGGCGAGGAGGCGGCGCGCGGAGACGAGCGGCGAGACUGGUCGUGGGAGAGCUGCGUACUGCACAUCGUGGUCGCGACUCUGGCGGAAGUCCACGCGGCAUAUAGGCAGGUCGUCGCGGCCGCGGAGGCGCCCGCCGCGCCGGGGGCGGACUCGGCGGCCUCCGCGCCGCCUGCAGUCCCCUCCGCGGGAGCCUCGGCCGGGGCCUUUUUGGUGCACCACUCGCGCGACUCCGCCGCGAAGCAGUGGGGUGAGACGGUGGUCAUUGCGAUGGACGGCGCGCUGGUGCUGCUGCUCCACUGCGCGGCCGCGCAAGAGGCAGAGCCUCGGAGCGCCGCGGGCCUGGAGGCCAUCGCGCACGCGGCCUUCCGCCUCCUCGAGCGCGUCCAGCAGGCGCUUCUCGCCCCGGACUCGGCCUCUGAAAUCCUCAUCGCCGCGGCGAAGACCCUCGCCGAUGUCCUCAAGCUGCGCCAGGCGCGCGUUAAGCUCUCCUCGCUCAGGCGUCUCGGCGGACGACUCUUGCAGAGAGGCGUCGCGGCCGGGUCGCCUGUUCCCGACUCGUCUCCCGCGGGCGCUGCGUCCUCGUCUCUUUUCGGCGGGGCGCCUAGCGUGUGGAGCUUUGGCUGGGAGGUCUACUGGCGUUUCGCGCUGCAGCUCCUCUCGCCGGCGUCACCCUGGGCGCAGGCGGCGCUCGCGUCCGCGCCCUUCUUCUCGGCGGCCUGCUCGCCGCAUUCUAGGCGGGACGAGACGUCUCUGUCGUCACCGGGCGCGUCUAGGCUCCUCCAAACGCGCGAGACGAUGCCCGAUCGCCUCGUGGAGGUCGUCGCCGCCAAAACGAAAGAUCUUCUAGAAACAGUCUUCUCCCCCGAGAAGGAAGGCGACCUGACAGCCGACACACACAGCCACGCGAACGGCGAGGCAAUGGGGAGGAGCGCAGCGGCGACGGCGGCGAGCGAACGAGACCCCGAGGUCUUCCCCGUCGUCGAGAGUGUCAUAGCCUUCCAACUGUUCCUCGUGAUGCUCACCAAUCCGGCUUAUAUUCGGCGAUACGGCCGCCGCCUGGACGACGCGUCUGUCGAGGGCCUGCUGGGAGAGGCCCGCGACGAGCCCAUGGAGCGAGAAAGGGACUCCUGCGGCGUGUCUCAGGCUGCGGCGGGGCGGACGCGUCAGGUGCGGGGGUCGUGGCGUCACGCCGCUGCCGGAGGCGAAGAGGAAAACGCCGAGGAUGCCGCGAAUUCGUUUGAAGGCGAGACGGAUGAGCCGCACCUCGGGGACGCGACGCGGCGAGACCGGGAGGGUCAGGAGCUCGCACUCGGCCUUCUGAAGUGCGAGGCGAUGCAAGCUGCGACGCAAGCUGCGUCUGCUGUGCCUCUCUCGUCUUCUCUGUUUCCGCUGCUUGACUGCGCCCUGGAAUUUGCCCGCACGGUGCCCGGUCCUGCUCUCUCUCUACCUCUCGUGUCCGCUUCCUCCGCCUCUUAUUCGUCUUUCGCUUCCUCUUCUUCUGCUUCCUCCCGCAGCGCCUCCGCGGGCUCCGCCGUCUCCUUUGAGUUCGACCGACUCGUGGCGUCGCCGAGUCUGCAGCGCGCCUCGCUGGCGGCGCUCGUCGCUUCGCUCCCUCCUCUCUUCGCCGGCAGCGGCGCCGCACAGCGCAGUGAGUCUUCCACCCAGCGACUGGCGCCGCGCGUUGUGGAGGCCUCUUCUUCCUUCGUCGAGGCGGCGGCCCGCGGGCACUUCCUUCCGCUGGAGGGACAAGCAGAUCCGUCUCCUUUCUCUUCUUCGCCCUUCGCCCCCUCGCCGACGAAUCCCUUUCAAAGCGAGGAGGGGCGGGGGCGCGGCGAAAACGCCCAGCCCGACGCCGAAGAAGAGAGGGAGCGUGGAGGCCGAUUCCUCGCAGGGCAGAGAGACUCGAUGACGCGCGGCUCGCUCACGCCCAGCCCCGCUCCCCCCUCCUCUUUCUCCUCGACUUCUUCGACUUCCCCCGCUGGCUGGCCGCCUGCACCGCGGGUAUGCGUCCCCCCCGGGCCCUCGCCCUUCGCGCCUGAGGGGGGGGACGGGGAAAGGAGGCAGGCGCAUCCGCCCGAAGCGGCGGCGCCCGCGUCCUCCGUGGUCAGCGAGCCUCCAGGGGCGGAAAGCCGCGUCUACACAGAUCUUCUUCUGCUGGAUGGCGUGCGAUCGCGCCUCGGGCUCGCGCCCUUCCUGCCGCCGCCUGUCGCGCCGGUCUCGGCUCCGGAGUCGCCUCCGCCGUGGGCGGCUGGCGCAGAGGCAGACGACGCGCUGGCAGGACAAGCAGAGCACGAGGAGAGAGAGCGAGAGGGGGGACGGCGCGAAACCUCGCGCGCUCGCAGUCCGCGCCUCGGGGCCGUCGAGGCUGAGCUGAGGGCCGUGCUUGCAACCGUCGAGGAGGAGGAGAAAGCGCGAAGCGCAGACACGCCAGAGGAAGCGAGAGAAAGGCUGCUGCUGUUUCAGCCAAUUGUCGCAGCGGUGCGCGUAUCCACUGCACAGGUGCCUCUUCUCGAGACUCUCGUCAAUCUGCGACCGAGCGCAACCGACGCGCCGGUCGCCUUCUCACUCCUCGUCCCCCUGUUUCUCAAGGAGCUCUGCGAGACGUUCCUUCGUCCAGAGGUGUUUUUUCGGGACUCUGCGAGCCUGGCGGUUGGCUGCCGCGUGCUCCUGGAGCUGCAAAUCUUCUUCAGGGCUUCGUUCGUUUCGCUCAUGCGCCAGGACUUUGCACGAAGCAAGGCGCACCUGGCCGCCCUGCUGGCCUCGCUUUCUUCUCUCUCCCCGAGCGGAAGGGGUCCCGCGCCGCCAGAGGAACCCGCGGAUACAGGCGAGAACGAGGAGGCGAGCGGCGACAAGACAAGCAGCGACUCGCCGCCAGAAGACGGCAGCGAGCAGGUGCCUGCGAAGCGCGGGGAGAAAGAAGAGCGGAGUCGCCGCGAAGGCCGAGAGGGAUCAAAGCAAGAGAACGGCAUCGCGCGGCGAGGCGCGUUCGCGAAGCACCGCGGCCCGCAGGAGGAGCUCCUGUGGCGAUACGCGACGUCGACCGGCAUGUCGAUUGCGACGCCGCAGCUCGCCUACGCGCUGCCCACGUCGCGGCGACCGCGAGGCAAACCGCGCGCGAAAGACACGCGCGCCGGGGAGGCACGAAACUCCACGCAAAGCUGCGCAGCGGAGUCAACGCGCGAGGCGAACAGCGGCGCAGGCGAGGAGGCCGCGGCGUCGCAGGCCGCAGGCGGUCGGGGGGCGGGCAGCGCCGAGCGAGCGGAGACAGACAAGAGAGGGCGAGCGGCCGAGAGCCAGAAGGGCCCUAAGGGCGACAAGGAGACAACCUCUCAGAGGAGUCCGCACCCGUCUGAUGAGGCGCUGAACGGGAUGUUGCCCUCGCCUUCAUCUUUCGCUGCCGCGGGCUGCGCAUGCCGCGGCCGCCCCUGCGUCGGGUGCGCGUGCGAACACAGCCCCGCGGCGGUGCUGCUUCUGUCGCUGCCGCGUAUCUUUGAGUUUCUGGCGUGUCUUGCCGAGACGCGGACGUCGCCCUCACUCAAGCGGCUGCAGGCGUGGAAACUGGCGCUGCAAGUCGCUUUUGUCCUCACCGAAGACGCGUUCGCCUUCCUCUCGCGCCUGAGCUGGCGAGCGCCCCGCGCCACGUUCUGCGUGGGUUGUACGGCUGGCAAGCGCGCGCGAGAGGCCAAGCGCCAUGCGCCGGCCUGCGACAAAGGCGUCGUCUUCUACUCCGCUGCGACAGCCGCCCUCCGCCGCUUCCUCCGCGUGCUCGCCAUGCCCCCCUCCGCAUCUGUCUCCACGACUGUCUCCGCGUCUCUCUCUGCGACUGUCUCCAUCUCGCCGUUCGCACCCGCGUCGCCCUUCUUCUCCUCCGCUCCGGCGCCACCCGCUGCGCGCCAGGGGCCCCUGGGCGAGGGCGGCGCUGCGCUGCCGUCUGCGUUUUUCUUCGACCGAUGGAUGCUCAGAAUCGCCGCAGAGACACUCGCGCGGCCUGCGCCACGUCACGCGCCGUGUGCGCCCUUCUACCCUUUCUUUGUACAAAUCCUAGAUCACUACUGUGCUGCGGGCAGCGAGCGACCCGCCAUCAUCGCCCACGAAGCCUUCUGCACGCUGUUUGACCUCUCCGAAGACCUCUACGCGCGGCGGAAGAGUGGGGCGCUCUUCGCAGAGGCGUCGCUUUCGCGGACGGCGGACGCCGCGACCCGCGCACGCGUCCAGAGUGUGCUGCCCCUGGUGCUGCGGCGCUGUCGCGCGAUUCUCCAGCGCUUCGCCGCGCCGGCGAAGCCCCUCGCGACGCCUGAGUGUCGCCACGCGAAGGCGGGCGGGCGCGGGUCGGUCUCUGAAGGCGCGCCGCAGACAGAGGCUGCGCGGUCGGUGGCGGCGCAUGGUCGGUCGCAGCUGGUGCUGUUCGUGCUGUCGCGUCUCCGCACGCUGGAGACGUCGCCGCGGGCCUUCUCGGAAGACUCAGAAAGCUUCUGCGGACUCGAAGCCGACGCCGACGCGAAGCGCGCAGACAGAGAGAAGGCGCAGGCCGUGCAGGCCGCGGCUGCAAAGUCGCCAGACUCCCGCGACCGCUUCGGGCAGCAGGGCGACGCGCAUGCACCCGGUUUCCCAGGCACAGCAGAUGACAGCGCCAGAGAGGCAGAAGAGAGCGCGGAAGAUGAACGCUGCGCCUCGGGAGAUGCUGCGGCGGCCUCCAGCGAGGGAGCGAAAAAGCAGGAGUGCAGGACGCUCGCGCUGCGCGCAGCAGGCUCCAAGGCGCAUCUGCUUCUCCUCCUUCCUCAACUGACUGCCUGCAUCGGAUGCGAUGACAAGUCUGUGCGUCGCGAGAUCCAAGCGACUUUGUGCAGCCUCUGUAGGGAGCUCGGCGUCGAAGAGGAAACCUCGCUUGACCGACUCGCCGCCCGAACUCGUGAAAAUCGGGAGAAAUAA